AUGUCUGUCGACCAUCAUUCAGAGCAGUCUUCGGAUAUCAUCGUGGGUGAUGUAACUACUGUCACAACCUAUUCUGGAGAUUAUCGAGACCAGUCUGCAACUACAAAUGAGAGCCGAGACGAAGUAGAUGUGACAGAAAUGCUAAGUCUUACUACACAACUCGCCAACUUCUCGAUCACCUCAGCGAAUCUUACAGGACGCAUGUUGGAGCCUCCCAGCGCACAUGAUAGGAUAUGUAGGAAGCGUACUUGUCACAACUCACAUCACGUUCUUCAACACUAUCUCCAUGGUCGACAAUCCUACCCACAGCACUGCGUCCACGCCACGCUGCAGGUGCCGAGGUUAUUCGGCGUUAUUACCACUCAGUCUCAGGGUGUUCAAGGAGAUGUAGCCGAUCCCGAAAAAGGCUUCUGGGCUGUCUUCAUGAUGAUCUCCAUCUCGAGGAUGGAUCUCACCACAACCUGGGGGCUCCUCGACACAUACCGACCUACGAGUAUCGUCUGCCAUAAUGCGGGAGUGAUUUCAGAUCAGAACGCUAAUUGA